AUUUGGAUUUAAACAGUGAAUUUUUCGAUGAUAUGUGUAAUUAGUGCGAACAUGUAAUUUAAAGAUUUUAACUAGUUAUCGAUAAUAUAAAUUGAAACGAAGUGUGCCCAUUUCAUGAACGGUGGAUCAUUAAAAGAGAAGCUUUAUAUAUAUAUUGCAACUGAUAAUAAAAGAUUAUUAAUAAUGGGUUGCAUUCUUUAUAUUUGCAUUAUUAUUUAUUUAAACAACUUUGUUGAUUAGUGAAUAUUGACUAUAUAUUAUCAAGAUGUGGGAGAGAUUUCAUAUAAUUCCCUAUUGUAAGAUGGGGAUAUGAAUUAAGUAUAUUUUUUAAAACAUUUUCUAUUUUAAAAGGAAAUGUUAAAAUAUAUUUAAAUAAUAGAAAGUAUGCAAAAAUAUAUAUAAGAGAAAGAUGAUUUAUGUAUUUUGUAAUAAUUUCAAAUAAGAAUGAAUUAUUUAAAAAUUGCUUAAAUUUAUAUUUAAAAUCAGUGUAAAAUACAUAUUUGUUGUUAAAGAUAAACAUUAUUGAGUUUUAUGACAUAAUGUAAUAGAAAUAUAUAUUUUACAUAUAAAUAUUGAGUAAGAAUUACAAAAAUGUCAUUCUUAUCGAAUUUAAAGAAAGCAUUCCACUUUGGUGGAAAUGAUGCUAAGAAAAAGAAAUUAUAUAAUAAUAUUAAAAUGGACUGUAAUCCAGAAGAAUUCUGGGAAAUGAUAGGUGAGCUAGGAGAUGGAGCAUUUGGAAAAGUUUAUAAGGCACAACAUAGGCAAACUCAUCAACUUGCUGCUGCAAAAAUGUGUGCAUUAGAGGGAGAAGAUGAUCUCAGUGAUUUUAUGAUUGAAAUAGAUAUUUUAUCAGAAUGUAAACAUCCCAAUGUUGUUGAAUUGCAUGAAGCAUAUUUUAUUGAAGGCAAAUUAUGGAUGUUGAUAGAAUAUUGUGAUGGUGGUGCUGUUGAUUCCAUAAUGGUUGAAUUAGCAAAAGCUUUGACAGAACCACAAAUAGCCUACAUAUGUCAACAUAUGGCAAAAGGUCUUGCAUUUUUACAUAAAUCUAAAGUUAUUCACAGGGAUUUAAAAGCAGGAAAUGUUUUAUUAACAAUGGCAGGAGGAGUGAAAUUAGCUGACUUUGGAGUAUCUGCAAAAAAUAAGCAUACUUUACAGAAACAUGACACAUUUAUUGGGACACCAUAUUGGAUGGCUCCAGAAGUAGUGUUAUGUGAAACAUUUAGAGAUAAUCCUUAUGAUUUUAAAGUAGACAUUUGGUCACUUGGUAUUACUUUAAUAGAAUUCGCGCAAAUGGAACCACCAAACCAUGAAAUGUCUCCAAUGCGUGUUCUUCUUAAAAUACAAAAGAGUGAUCCACCCAGACUUGAUCAACCUGGAAAAUGGAGCAAAGAUUUCAAUGAUUUUAUUGCAAAAGCUCUUAUUAAAGAUCCAACAUCACGACCUACAGCUGAUGAAUUAUUGAAACAUCCAUUCAUAAAUCGUAAUUUGGAUUCAAAACCAAUCAGAGAUUUGUUAUUGGAAUAUAAAGCUGAUGUUGUUGAGGAAGAAUUGGUCGAUGAAGAAACUGAGGAGCAACGCACGUCUCAGCUUCCUCUGGAGCUGGAUCAACUCGGAGAUGACUCUGCGUCUAUGCGCAGUGACGCUGAUGUUCAGAUUUCUGAAAAGGAAAAUCUUGUUGCAUCACCUGUGUCUGCAAAAAAAGAAGAAAGUCAUAAACGAGAAAUUAACAGAGAUGGUGAAAGAGAGGAUAGAAACAAGAAAUUACGUAAAGCGGAAUCAAAAGAUAAUAUAACCGUUUCUGUUGAGAAAAAACAAGCACCUAAGCCUCCUAAUACAAACGAAACGAGCGAACGUAGAGUAUCUCGAGAAAAAGGUCCUGCGCCUCCUCCACCACUUAUGCGUCAAAAUAGUAAAAUUGAGGAUAAGGAAAAUAAUAUAAAAGUUGUUGAUAAACAAAGUAAUAAAGAGGUAUUAAAUGAAUACAAGGUUAUUGAUAAGCAGCAAAAAGAUAGAAAUGAAUCGUCGCAAUUAGAUCAGGAAAUGUUAGGCAGGGAACAGACAAAUGUAGAUACGUUUUGUGAAAAAACAAACGUAUUAUCUAGUUUAGAAAAAAUUAUAUUAGAAAGUAAUGAAAGAGAAAAGAAUAAGAUAGAUGAUACAAACAAAAAUGAUAUUAAACAGAGAUCGAUAGACGAUAAGCUGAAUUUAUCAUCGAGGACACAAUUAACGUUAGAGGAGAAGAGAAAGUCAGCACCGGUUAAAUUAGAAUUAAUCGAAGACUGGACGAAACCAGUAUUCAAUAAACAAUCGUCGUUGGAAGAAAAAAGCAGAAUUGAGAAGAAAGCACCAAUUGAUAUACAAGUUAAAAGACAAUCUCCAUCGGAAGAAAAUUAUAAGAGUUUGCAAGAAAAACGAAAAUCUGUAGAGCAAAAAUUAAAUGCGGUUUUAGAGAAACGAUUUUCAAUGGAUACUGAAAUGCGAAUGAGCGUUUCUUCUAUGGAGGCAUUAUCUCAUCGAGAAGUUUUAACAACAAGCACAUCCGAAAAAAAUAUCGUUAAAGCUUGUUCGAUCGAAGAUGUUAAAACAAAUUAUGGAACGUCUAAAACAGAAUCUGUUAUUAAAAGUCAUAGCGAAGGAUCUUCCAGAUAUGUUUCAUUAGAAAAUUUUCCCGAUGAAUUUGACGGGAAACGGGAUAAGAAAUGGCCAAGUAAAGAACACAAUUAUGAGAAUGUGGUGAACAAUGGUGAUAGCGUAAACUGUGAGAAGAAAGGUUCUUCGGUGAAUGUAUCAGUAAUUACAUCAACUCCUAUUAAAAAUACUUCGAGAAGAGGUAGCGGAGAUAACGUAGUUGUCAUUACUGGUAAAUCCGAUCAAGAAAUACGUCCAAAUACAUCAACCGUCCGGAUUACAGCGGAUAGUCCAGAUUUAUCAAAUAGUCUUGCGAGCAAUGUUAGCCAAGUAACAGUGGUAACGACGCAUCCUCCGGUUCUUGUCGAUGCUAUGUCAUUAGCAGCGACUCUUUCUUGUCGUCAACCUCCAACAUCGGAAGUUAUCAUUGUCGCGAAUGAAUUAAACAAAACACAAGUGAACGAGAGUUCAACCGAUGAUGAUGGAUUCCCAAGUUUAGAUAGUUUAGAAUACAUGCCCCAAGAGCAGCCUAUAAUUCUUACUGAUGUUUCUAAAAGAAUUGGUAAGAAGUUAGACGAAUCCGAGGUUCUAAUUGUUAGUCCAAUCGUAGACGAAUUGCAAGAUACUAGUCACGUUUCUGUUGUUACCGUCGGUGAUGAUAAGGAACAAGUGAAAGAUUCCUCGAUACUUAAUAAACACGAGGCCGUACGAACUUCUUCUUCUCACAGUGAUACAAGUUUAAUCGAAAGAUCGAGUACAAAAAGCGACAGUGGCGACGAAAUUACUAAAAUGAUAGUCGCUGGGACAACGAUAGAAUCUAUAGAUAUCGAUGAUGUGGAGAGAAAUUCGAAAAAGGUGAACGGUCUGUUAAAAAAUGAUAAAUCUCCAAUUGUCGAUCGCAUCGAUGAAAAAGUUUUAAAAACGCUGAAACAGAAGGAAAUAAGUAAAGGAUAUAAAGAGAAGAGAGUAUCUCCGGAUAGUUUCGAAGGGUCUAGAUCUCAAAGCGAAUCUGGAUCGACAAGAUCGCAUACGCCGAGUAAAAGUAUAGAUCGUUCCGAUGCCGAAUCCAUCUCCACCACGAUAAGCCAGGACAGUAGAGAAUCUAGUAAAGAGAAUCAUUUAAGUCAAGGACAAUCUGCGGAGGUGGAUGAGGAGGUGGUAUUGCGACGGAAGUCCGAUUACAAUCGCGAAAUACCACGACCGACGAAAACAAAAGAGGAUAUUCAAAUGAUGAAUUUGAAGAAGAAAACGAGGAAGAGAACUAGAAAAUUUGAGAUCGAUGGUGUAGUAGUUACCACGACGACGUCGAAGGUGAUUUACGGCGACGACGAAAACGGAAAAGUUUACGAUGAUCAAAUUUUUAGGAAGCAAGAGUUAAGGGAAUUAAAAAUGCUACAGAAAAUGGAACAGAAACAGUUUCAAGAUUUAUCGCAAAAGGCACAGUUUAACAAAGAUCAGCAAGACAAGCGUUUCGAGCAAGAGAGGCAACUGCUAGAAAGAAAUGCUGAAACUGAUUUGGAAACCCUUGCUCGCCAGCAAAGGCAGCAAAUUGAACGAGCAGAAGCGCAACAAGAAGCUGAUCUUAGGCUUGCUUCGAAAAAAAUACGUAGCGAACAAGAAAGGGAAUUGAAACAAUUUCGCGAAGGAUUGAAACAGGAAUUAAAACUACUUAAGCAAGAGGUGGACUUGAUGCCGAAAGAUAAGAGGAAGAGUGCAUUCAAGAUACGUAAAGAGAAAUUAGAGGCUGAACACGAAGAAAGAGAAAAACACUUCUUAGAUAAGCUGAACGAAAGUCAUGAAUUGUUGUUGAGAAGAUUGUCCGACAGUCAUCGCGAAAAAAUUGCUUUAAUGGAAAGACAAUUUUUGCAACAAAAGCAACAACUGAUGAGAGCUCGGGAAGCAGCCAUUUGGGAGCAAGAAGAACGGCAUAUACACGAGAAGCAACAAUUAUUAAAGAAACAAUUGAAGGACAUUUUCUUUUUGCAAAGACAUCAGAUGUUGAUACGUCAUGAAAAAGAAUUGGAACAAAUGAAGAGAAUGAAUCAACGGAAGGAAGAAGAAUUGAUCAAACGACAGACGGUGGAACGUAGAAAUUUACCUAAAAGAAUCCGCAACGAGAUGAAGGCACGCGAAAUGAUGUUUAGAGAAUCUAUGAGGAUUUCCAUGUCUUCUGUUAUCGCACCAGAUCCUGAUGCCGAGAGAGAAAAGUUAAAAAAAUUCCAAGAGAACGAGAAAAAGCGAUAUAGAGCCGAGCAACAAAGAUUCGAAUUAAAACAUUCGCGGCAAUUGGAAGAGGUAAGAGCGCAAAGUGAUGCCACUAUCAAAGAAUUGGAACAAUUACAGAACGAAAAAAGGAAAAUGUUAAUGGAGCAUGAAACGUUGAAGCUAAAGGAAUUAGAAGAGGCGUAUGCUAAAGAGCUUCGCGAAUGGAAAGCGCAACUCAAGCCUCGAAAGCAGAAAUUGGAAGAACAGUUUGCGUUACAACUGGAGGAACAAGAGGCGAUUUACGGGCCAAGCGCGAUACCAUUGUGUUUACCGGCAGAUCUUACCGACUUGACGCAUCACACGGUUGGCUCAACCCGUAGUUCGCUUUCUUCGGUGAGCGAAGGUUAAUGUCUAAAUUUAAUUUUUAUCAAACCGAACCAAAAUGAUUAUUCUUUCAAGAAUAAGAAUAACGUUAAUAAAUCAUAAAGAAUGUCGAUAUAAGUCUAUUUAUACGAGCUUAUUGUAUCAUCUGAUCUGUUUGGAUAAUGGAAUCAUUACUGAUCGUUAAAUUUGAUUGUGUAAUAAGAUUUACAAAAUAAAUCAUCGAUCGGCGAUUGAAGAUGCGUAAGGCGUGGCUUUCAACGAUCGGUCGUACGUCUAACUAAGAGAGAAUUUUCUUUAAUUCCACGGACGAUUCUUACCGAUGAUGGGUGAUCAAUGAAAAAAUUGUGUGAGUAUCUACGAUCUGUGAACGUUAUUAUACCACCAUAUAUAUAUACAUAUUAUACGAUAUGAUCAAACAGCAAUAAGACUAGUAAAGAAGAAAGAGAAGAAUGAAAAAGAAAGGAAAGAGCAAGAUUGAAAAAAUCGUUUUUCUCUAAUUAGAUACUUAUAUAUUUAUGAUGAAUUACAAAUGCGAUUACAAAUGAAAUGAACUUGUUACGGUGAUUUUAUUGAAAGAUAUAUCGCUAUUUGGUACAUACGCAAUUCAUACAAUCCGCCCGUUGAUCGUUUCUUCCGUAAUUUGGAUAAGCAAACAAGACUCGUGAUCAGUAUCGUGUACGUGAUCCUACAAUAAAUACAUUUUUUUUCUACAAUUCAUAUAUAUACAUGUAUAUUGAACUAGAAGUCGACUUAUUAAUUUGAAGAUAAUUUACUAUUCAAUACAUGCGAUGUCAGUGGAUAUUCGAUGGAAUACCAAGUGAUUUUAUCGUGUACGUAAUGCACAUUUGAAGAAUUAUAUUUUCGAUUGUGCGAGUGUAUAUAUAUGCAUAUAUAUAUGCUUGUUGUCCUAUUGAGUGUUAUGGCAUAGACAUUUAUAAGAAUGAUGUUGAAGCAAGUAUAAAGCGUAAGCCGUAGUUGCGUGCGUGUUCUAAAUGGAUGCACGCAGUUCAGGUAUAUAUGUUUAUACCUCGUUCGAAUCAUUGAAUCGAAAGUCCUUGUAUGUGAACCAACACAUGUAGACUCACUCCGUCUUCGUUAUUAGAUUAUUUAACGAGUUGUAUCGUUUGUAAAGAAAAUGCUAAAUCUACUGGCAGAUUGUUUUUAAUCAAGAUAUAUUUUUAAUAAAUAAACGUUCAACAGUACGAAUCAAAGGUUCACGCCAAAUAUAUAUAUACACACACAAUGUAUGAUUUUCUUAUCUGCGAGUCUAUAUGUAUAGGCCGAGAAUGUUAUAGAAAGAAUCUCUUUGAUGCGUAUUCGAAACGAGCAUGUUCUGUAACCAAUGUUCGUAACGUUUAGAUGUAAAGAAACGUAUUUGUAUAAAAUAUUUUCUUUCCCCUUUUA